AUGGCAAUCAAAUGCAACAAAUGUAAUCGGCAAAUUACCAGAAGUGAGGAUCACAUAACAUGUUCAGCUCAAUGCGGUGGAAAUUAUCAUUUAUUUUGUGUGAAUCUGGAUGAGGAUACUUUUAAUCGCCUUAAAAAAUCAAAGCAAAUCAGUACUUGGUGUUGUAAUCUUUGUGGAGUGAACAGAAUUGCAGGAGCUGCCUCUAAUGUGCUAGAUUCUCUUACAAGUUCUUCUCUGUCGGAAUCUUGUCUUGAAGAUAUGUUACAUAAAGUUUUUUCUGUUUAUGUUGAUCCUAUUAUGGUCCAACUAGAUACUUUAAAUGCUCAGGUUACAAAGUUAACUGCAGAAAAUAAGUCUCUGCGUGAUGAAGUAUUCAGUUUAAAUCAAGUGAUUAGAAACACAUCUCAAACAGGUCUAUCAAAACUUAAUGAACAGGACUUGAAUAAUAAAAGGAGUUAUGCAGAAUCUCUUCGUGAAAAAUCAGCUGAGUCUAUAAUAGUGAAGCCUAAAGACAAAGAACAAUCGGUUACUAAAACAAAAUCAGAUGUUAUUCGUUCUAUUGAUGCUUUGAAUUCAUCAGUUCAUAUAGGCAAAGUAAAAAAUCUAAAAGAAGGGGCUGUAUUGUUGGGAUUAUCUUCUUGUGACUUUGACUUAAUUGCUUUGUCAGAAACAUGGCUUCACAGUGGUGUUUUUAACAGUGAGCUUUUUAAUAGUAAUUAUUUGGUGGUUCGAAAAGAUAGAGACUUCUUGAAUACCAAUAAAUCAAGGGGGGGAGGGGUACUCAUUGGUAUCAAAUCUAAUCUCAUAUUUUCAGAGGUGGACUUGUCCAUUGUCAUAUACAUUCCGCCUUCACUGCCUUUAGAAUAUUAUCACCAAAUAUUUGAUGCUUUUGUAAUGCUAGAUUCGGCAUAUAAUUCUAAUGUAGUUAUUAUAGGUGAUUUCAAUAUUCCCGAGUUUUUUGCAUCUGUCGAUGGCCUGAUAAGUGGUAAAAGUCUUGCGCUUUCUUCUCUAAUGGACACCCUUAAUGUGAAACAAUACAAUAAUAUUCUUAAUAAAAAUAAUCGAUUAUUAGAUCUGGUUCUAACUAAUACAUCUUGUUCUGUGCUAAAAUCAGAUGAUCCACUGGUAGAGGAAGAUCCAGUACAUCCUUCCUUAAUUGUAUCCAUAUUAGUCAAAACUUCGUCAGAUAAUUUUUUACAUGCUAUUACCAAUGAAACAUCUUACAACUUCCGCAAAGCUAAUUAUGUUGCUCUUUAUCACGACAUUUUAAAUAUCGAUUGGUCCUUCCUUCGGAAUUGCUGUGAUGCGAAUGCUGCUUGUCAUUUGUUUUAUAAUGUUUUGUAUGAAUUUUUUGAUAAACAUGUGCCAAAAUAUAAAAAAAAGAAGUACGCCUACCCUAUUUGGUUUACCCCGCAACUUAUCAGUAAAAUUCGAUUAAAAAAUAAGACAAGGAAAAAAUACUUGAAGUAUGGAAAUCCUGCUGAUGAGUUGAUUUUUAAAGAACUAAGGCGUGAAAUUAAGCGAGCGACAUUAGCAGCUCACAAAAAAUUUGUUGAUGAGGCUGAAAAUCGAAUUAACACUGACCCAACAAAAUUUUGGCAAUAUAUACGGUAUAAAAGACGCGGCACCGGCAUUCCAGCUUGUAUGACCUUCAAUGAUACUACUAUAUCAGGACCAGAAAAUAUAGUUAAUGCCUUUGCCCGAUUUUAUGAAUCUAUAUAUAUUCCAACUUCGACCUGCAGGGUGGAUGAAUUCGAAUCUGAUCGUAUGGGGUUCUGUGUGAGUUUGCACACGACUAACGAAAAUAAAGGUCCUGACGGCAUACCGGCGUUUGUUAUCAAGGAUUGUGCAUCUGUUUUAGCUGAACCAUUAUCAAUUCUUUUUAAUUUAAGUAUUUCUACUGAAACGUAUCCAGAUCAAUUGAAGGUUUCUAAGAUAAUUCCAGUUUAUAAGGGCAAGAGUCGUAGUGCUUUAUAUCCUCAAGUAUCACAUUCCAUUUCACAGCAUCAACAUGGGUUCAUCCAAGGUCGGUCUACGACUACAAAUCUUUUUGAUAUCACAGGUUUUAUUGCAAAUUCCAUUGACAACGAGUUACAAACUGAUGUUAUAUAUCUUGAUUUCAGUCGGGCUUUUGAUAGGCUGGACCAUGGUGUUUUGAUUAAAAAGUUAUAUUCGCGUGGUUUUACACCUAAUUUGUUCACUUGUUUGCCUCGUGUGCCGCAGGGUUCUGUUCUGGGCCCUCUUCUUUUCUUACUGUUUAUUGAUGACAUAACUGCUGGCUUGAAUGUAAGCUAUUCUCUUUAUGCAGACGAUGUUAAAGUAUUUAACAAAAUUGCUACAGUAGAAGAUUGCAUUAAACUCCAUUUAAAUCUGAAUAAAAUUACAACAUGGUGUGAUUUGAAUAAGCUAGUUUUAAAUAAAGACAAGUGUCGUGCGAUGUCAUAUUCUUUGAAAAAGAAGAUAAUUUUUUUUAACUAUGCGUUAGAUGCAAUUAUAUUGAGCAAACCGGAAACAAUUUCUGACCUUGGUGUUAUUUUUGAUCCCAAAUUGUCAUUUGCAAGCCACAUUAAUAAACUUAUCUCUGAUUGCAGGAAAACGAUGGGUUUUAUAAUAAGAAAUGCUAGAGAUUUUCAAAAUGCUCACACCAUCACACGACUUUUUAAAUCCUUUUUGGAAAGCAAAUUAUAUUAUGCAUGUUUAAUCUGGUGCCCCCAUCAUAACAUUUAUGUCACUAAUUUGGAACGUAUCAUCCGCAAAUUUUUGAAGUAUUUGUCUUAUCGGGAAGACGGAGUGUAUCCUCCAAUUGGUAUGCCUCAGCAGGAUUUAUUAAAUAGAUAUAAUUUUACCAGCUUUUUGAAUACGUAUUGUCCCAUCAUAUUAUCACAAAUUACAUUUAAUGUGAGUUCGCGCAGUGUCCUGUCCCGUUAUUAUGAUCUGUUUUAUUUGCCAGUCCCAAGAACGGAUAUUGCUAAGUUUUCACCGAUGUUUACCAUGUGCAGAAUCGGUAAUGUGUUCCAUCGUGAAGUAGAUCUCUUUUCAUCAUCGCUUAGAGAACGACCGUUUCUUUUGAAUCACGCUGAUUUUGUCACGGUGAUCUAUCAAGUAACGGCGAGCGACGAAAGUAACGAUUUAAUACUUGGAUCCACGACACUGGCGAACGGUUUCAAUAUUCUCUCGCCAAGAAACGGUGAUCAUAGGAACGGUUUCAAUAUUCUUUCGCGGAGGAACGGUGAAACGGUGUGCCAUGUGAACAGCAGAAAAUUCCGAUACAUCGAUGAAUGA